AUCCAUUUAAUCUUGUUUUUUCUUCCUCUAACUUUCGUGAUCACGAAUUCGAGUAUUAUUGAUGAUGACUUUCAAUAUCUCAUGUACGUACGUAGGUAGUGAGGAAUCCAUAAGCGGAGAAAGAAUGCAUGUAUGGUUGGCUUAGCUCAUCUAAAUAAAUAGACGUUGAGAUGGUCCAUGCAUAUUGCAUAUAUGUCUCUCUCUGUUUAUUCCAUAUUGAUAUUCACCUAUAGCUGCUGCAAAUUAAUGCAGCCUUAGUUGGUGCGGUUGUGGCCCUGAAUUCUCUUAUUCCAACUGGUAUUGCAAUCCAAUUGUCUACUAUUUCGAUUCGCGCCCAACCAGAGGGCAAGACAUAUGGCUUCGUCGAUAUAUCGGAAUCUUAUGUUUUGCAGUGCAAUAUCGGUCCCGAUGAUGAGGAUUUUAUACAGAAGAAAUGCUCUGCGUCUGCCAUGCACUCUUUCGAAACCAAACAAAACAGGAAAAAAAAGGUAUUGCACCUUUAUGUGUCCAUCGCGAUCAUGGGGUUUUGGAAUUUGGAUGCAUCAAUUAAUAGUGGGCAAAUUGAAGAGGAAGAUCGGUAUAUGUAUGGACGUGGAGAAAAGAAGCAGCGAGCUAGCUGGAGGAGGAAUCACAUUAUUAUUUAACCUUUUUUUACCUGCUUAUCAAAUCAAUCCAUAGGGUAAGAUGGGAUUUGGAACCAGUUGGUUUAUGAUAGAAGAUUGAGUUUAUAGAUGUUGUGAAGUACUCGCAUUUGAUAUUACCUACCUCCGCCUAAUUACUCCGUGUCACCUUACUCCAUCACCACAUCUGAGUACCUAACUUGUCACAGAACCUCUCUGAAUACCUAACUUGUCACAGAAACCUCUAAACAAGACGUUUUGACUUUGUUAAGUCAUGUCUAAUAUUGGCUCCUAAAUGUAAGUUCAAACAUAACUUUUAGAACCCUUGAUUCAUACAAAUUGUCGAUCUCCAAUAGUUUUGAAUCUCGUAGCAAAUGUGAAACCAUACGUAUAACAUGCAAGCAAAAACAAUGCCCUAAAGCCACCUCCCUUUCUUCCCACCUCCAUCUUUCUUAUUUUUUCUCACUAAAAUAUCACUUGCAUUAACAUUAACAUGAACAAAUAAAUACAAUAUUCAAGACUCCAAACAUGAGCCAAGCACGAAAGUCAAAACCAUUACACGCCAUAAGAAACAAAUAAAGAAUCUUCUUAGCUGUUAGAUUUUCUAUCCUAUUGUUCUGCUUACUAACAAAUCGAACCUGCACAUGUAUGUAAUAAUCAAACAACCGACGAAGCUCCUUAUAUACGACACCACCUUUGCAAUCGCGCGUAUAUAUGGAGCUCUUAUUUUGAACUUAUCGAUAACUAGCUUCGCAUCCCCUUCGAAGCAUGAUAGUAUGUAGCCCUCCCUCUCUCUAAUAAAGAGUAACGAGAAUCCUAGCUUAUUCCUAAAACGCCCUAAAUGAAACACCAAUUCAUUGCACCAAAUCUUAGCAUAUCACAACAAGCCAAUCAUAUAAUGCAUUUUUCCCACCGGCCGGCCGUACUCCUCGAGAAUCAUAUUAUCCUCUUCUCCAUCCAACUUUUCUUUAACCUUUUCCCUUCUUGGUUAAACGUAUUUCCAUUUCCACUAUAUAUACCUCCACUUCCCCCCUCCCCCAUUUCCACACAAACCAUUCAACCCAUCCACAAGUCCACUAUUGCAAACAUCUAUCCACUGUUCCAUUGUCGACUGACUGUUCAUCCUCCUCAACCCAUUACUCACACGUAUUCUAUAAGGCCGAAAUGGAUCGAGUGUUCCAGUUGGCGGCGGAGAGGCCGGUGGUGGUGUUCAGCAAGAGCACGUGCUGCAUGUGCCACACUAUCAAGACCUUGUUCUUCGACUUCGGCGUCAACCCCACCGUCUACGAGCUCGACCAGGUCCCCGGUGGCCGGGAGAUUGAGCAGGCCCUAGCUCGCCACGGUGUUGCCGGUGACUUUCCUGUCGUGUUCAUCGGCGGGAACCUUGUUGGUGGUGCCAAUGAGAUCAUGACCCUUCAUCUCAACGGUUCCUUGUCCGCCAUGCUCAAACGGGCUGGUGCGCUGUGGCUCUGAUCGUCAUAUAUCGAUGAUGAGAUGGGUCAAAAAUUUUGGCUAACUUUACUAUGGAGUCUUUUCUUCUUCUUCUUCUUAAUUAGUCAUCGUUGAUGAUAUUUAUAAAAAACCCUCUGCCUUUUGGCUAAGCGGCAGAGGGAACUAAAAUGUAUACUUAUGUAUGUAUGUAUUGGGAUUUCACAAAUUAGGCUUUGCGUUACUUUAUAAAGUAAUGUCUAAUGAUGAAUCGCCCAACUUUUUGUAAUAUCUCUAUAUACAUCUACCACUGAUAUAUAAUAAAGUUUGAUGAGAGUUAUCUUUUUAUAUCUUCUUGUGGCUGUCCUUGAAUUGUUUGAUUGGUCUUUCAUGAGAUUCAAAUAGCUACAACUUGCCAGUUAAGCAUAAUUCAAAUUAGGUAGUCACAAAAUGUAAAAUUGUUUCAAGUUUGAUCACUGCAGUCGAACGUGAAAUACAGGAUAUGGAACCAAAUCGGUAUGCGAUUUUAGCGGUAGGAAACAUUUGAGCAAAAGUUUGAACCACAUUUUUAUACAGAAUACCCUACCAUACUUUUCUGGUAAACAUCUAUAAUAAAGUGAUUAAGAUACAUGGAUCUCUCCAAACAAUUUGACCUAUUGUACAUUUUUAUACUGAAAAAGUGUUGCUAUUGUACAUUUAAGGCAACUCUUUAAAAUAGAGUUGCAAUCCAUGUGUUACAAGAAGGUCUUUUUCCCGUAGUGAAUACAUAACUCCAACAAGACCUACAAAUUAAAUGCGGUGGGGAGAGGUCUAACAUUAGAUCUCACAAUAUUAUUCUUUAAUUUAACAUGUGAUACAUUUGUUGCUGCGCCCAUUAGUUAAGUAACCAAUUCUACUGCCGCCCAAGCUAAUUAAGUUGGUGGCAAUUAUUCAAGAAGCAGAAGAGAGGAAGUAGAGCGACUGAGCCAGCCUAGUUAGAAUGAAUGAAUUAAUCUGGCCUUUGGCCUCCGUUUGGGGCUGUUUCACAGUACGUGGCCAAAUCUGAUGAGAGCCUGAAAACUACGGCCGAACCUUUGGUGAUGACGAAUAAUUAUUGUAUGUCCACUAUUCCUCUACGUAUAGUGGGAGAAUUGAUACGUACUCUCUCUCUCCUGUGAAAGAGAGAAUCAAAUCGGGGAAAGACAGUAACUUAGUUUGGCCUUGUUGUAGCUUUUGCAGAAGCAGCUUUUGGCUGGAGCUUUUAGAUAAGUACUUAAAAAAAAACAGUUUAGUGU